GAUGCUGCACGCUAGAGAGUUCCCCUCCCUGAUGUAGUGAUGUCAUGCAUGACGUGGUAGCUUUCUCAGGUGUCAAACGUUUGUAGUAGGGCAAGCGCUUGAGGAUGUUUUGAGACAGCAGUCGUACUGUUACUGCCUACAAACGCGAAGCUGCCCACGUGCUCCCCGGUCCCGUGAUGCGUGAUGUCGUCACCACGAGAACGAAAAUAAAUGGACGGCCGGUCACUCCACAGUCCACCACUCAAGCUCAAGCUCAUCCAGUCUUCUCUCCGGCACCUCCGGCACCGGCGCACCGCCGCACCGCUACCGCAAGCAAGACAUCAUGGAGAAGACGAUCGUUCUGUACCCCGGUCUCUUCGUCAGCCAUUUCGUCCCCAUGAUGCAGCUCGCCGACGUGCUCCUGGAGGAAGGCUACGCCAUUGCGGUCGCGCUCAUCGACAUCACCCUGGACCAAGACGUCGCCAUGGCAGCCGCCGUCGACCGCGUGGCCUCCGCCAAGCCGUCGGUCACCAUCCACAGGCUCCCUCGGAUCCAGAACCCUCCCACCGUCGCGGACGACGCGGAGGCGCUCCUCUGGUACUUCGAGAUCGUGAGACGCUACAACGACCAGCUCCGUGACUUCCUCUGCUCCCUGCAGCAGCAGCAGCAGCAGCAGCCUCCCCGAAGCGUCGUCCACGCGGUGAUCGUGGACGCGCCGUCCGUCGACGCGCUCGACGUCACCAAGGAGCUCGGGAUCCCGGCCUACACCUUCUUCGCCUCCAACGCUUCCGCGGUCGCCGUGUUCCUCCAGCUUCCCUGGAUCCGCGCCGCGGAAGGCCAUCAGCCAAGCUUCAAGGAGCUCGGAGACGCCCCCGUCAACUUCUCCGGCGUGCCCCCCAUCCCGGCGUCGUACCUCAUGCGCGAGACGCUGCAGGAGCCGGAGAGCGAGAUAUACAAGGCGAUGAUGAACGCGAUGCGAAGGAACGCGGAGGACCCCGACGGCAUCCUGGUGAACACGUUCGCGUCGCUGGAGGCUCGGGCGGUGGCAGCUCUCCGGGACACGCAGUCGAUUCCUCCUGGCACUGGCACUGGCAGUGGCAGUGGCAGAGCACGCAGGACGCCUCCGGUGUACUGCGUCGGGCCACUGGUCGCCGGUGCCGGCGCCGAGGCAAAGGAGAAGCACGAGUGUCUGGCGUGGCUCGACAGGCAACCGGAGCGCAGCGUGGUGUUCCUCUGCUUCGGGAGCAUAGGCGCGGCCACCCACUCGGAGGAGCAGCUCAGGGAGGUCGCCGUCGGCCUGCGGAACUCCGGCCACCGUUUCCUGUGGGUGGUGCGAGCCCCGGUGCGCGGCGGCGGCGGCGACACCGAGAGGCUGUUCGAUCCCCGCGCGGACGCCGACCUCGACGCCCUCCUGCCGGCCGGGUUCCUGGAGGGCACCAGAGACCGCGGCCUCGUCGUCAAGCACUGGGCGCCGCAGGUGGAAGUACUCGGCCAUAGGGCGACUGGCGCGUUCGUGACGCACUGCGGGUGGAACUCGGCGCUGGAAGGGAUCACGGCCGGCGUGCCGAUGCUUUGCUGGCCGAUGUACGCGGAGCAGAAGAUGAACAAGCUGUUCAUGGUGGAGGAAGCCAUGGUCGGCGUGGAGAUGGUUGGAUGGCGGCAGGGGCUGGUCGGGGCUGAGGAGGUGGAGGCCAAGGUGAGGUUGGUGAUGGAGUCCGAGGAGGGGGACAAGCUCAGGGUGCGCGUGGCUGCGUACAGGGAUGCCGCGACCGUCGCCCGGAGGGCCGGCGGCUCAUCGCGCGCUGCGUUAGGCCGGUUCUUGUCGGACGCGGGCCAGAAGGUCGUGUUUGAUUUCCGUGGCCCACCAUCGAGCCCGGCUCGCUAGAUGCAAAGCAUGUUCUCUCUCCUCUCCUAGCUCUUUGAAAUCAAAAUCCAUUUUCGUUUCU